AUGGUGUUUUGGUCAGUGCAGUGUAACCAGCAGACUGGAAAAGAUUUAAGAUUCAACAAAGUCAAGGAUCUGCAGCCGGGUUCGUUCAGACGCUUGAAAAACCUCAACACACUCCUCCUCAACAACAACCACAUACGAAGAAUUCCAAGAGGAGCGUUUGAGGACCUGGAAAAUCUGAAAUAUCUCUAUCUGUACAAGAAUGAAAUCCAAUCAAUUGACAGACAGGCCUUUAAGGGGCUUGUCUCUCUUGAGCAACUGUAA